AAGUAGAGUUUGAUAAAGAAACUGGAAAAGCUAUUCAAAAGUACGGCAAGUGGUUCAACAAUUCCAUGGCUCGUUAUUUGCGUAGCACCGUACCCCCAACUACACUAGCUUGGGAACAAGUAAAACCAGCUGAUAUCGAAGUUAUUCGAAAGAGACUAUCUGAAAAAUUCAUUUAUCCAGAAGACAAUCCAGUAAUCAACGAUGCCAUGGUAAGACAAAUGCAAAAACAUCUGACUGAUUGGCGCCACACGAUGAAGAAACACUGGGUAGAUGUUGGAGGAGAGGUGGACAAUGAGAGAGCGAAGUCAAAACCUUUUGUGUCGAUUACUUCUUCUGAUUGGGCAAUUCUGUGUGAUUUUUGGGCUUCUGAUUCUCACCAGCGUAUAUCGAAGAAAAAUAAAGAAGCUCGAGCUAAAAUGAUCAUACCAGGAGGACACGGUUCCAAAUCCAUCGUUGCCCAUGUUUAUGAUCACGUAAAUUAUAAUAACUUAUAUCCUUACAUUUACGAAAAUAUUAUAAAUGUCACAAUGUUUAAAUAAUUUGCUUUUUUAGAUGGACCCAUCUACUGGCCAGCUCCCGAGCAUGAUCGACACAUUCGAG